GAUGAUUCUGUCGGGACCAGAUGCGAAGUAAACCUGACAUAAGUCAUAUGCCACUGAGGGAGCCCACCUAACCACCUACUGUUCCAAAUCUUAAACCAGCGUUGUUUGACAAAUGGGUUGUGCCUUGUGUCCUACAACGUAAUAGAUCACAUAUUGGCAGAUUGAUCAGUUUUAGCCAUGGCGAGCAAGGAGGACAGUGAUGCAGGAGUUCCCAUGACAGAGUUACAUUGUCAAGGAGGAGACAGACGUGAGCCCACACCACAGAGAGAAUCAUGGAGCAGACAUCUGGACUACAUGCUGACAAUGGUUGGCUACUGUGUUGCAUUAGGCAAUAUACUGAGAUUUCCCUAUAUCUGCAACAGAAACGGUGGAGGAGCUUUCCUCAUCCCCUUCAUCUUGCUCCUUUUGAUCACUGGCUUCCCAUCGUUCUUCUUGGAGUCGAUGAUCUCUCAGUUUUCUGGAAAGGGCGCAAAGCAUGUUUGGAGCUUUUGUCCUUUGCUUAAAGGGGUUGGUGUUGGCUCUCUAUUGAUAAACUGUUUGUAUAUGCCCUACUACACCCUCUUCCUGGCCUGGUCCAUCUACUACAUGGUGAAGUCCUGCUCCAGCGUCCUGCCCUGGACAACUUGUGGCAACAGCUGGAACACCGACCUGUGUAUUGACGACAUGAAUACAACCAGUAACGGGACAAAUAUGGCAGGGAACACAUCAGAACCUAUCACCAUAACCGAGCGUAGGAAAAAUGGAACAUCUGCUCGCACGCCUGCUUAGGAAUUUUUUCGGUACAAUGUGCUGAAUGUCUCAACUGGAUUGGAGGACGUGGGAGCUGUACAGUGGCACAUAGUUGGAUGUCUGUGUGCAUCCUAUGUAAUAAUCUUUCUAUGUUUAAUUCGUGGAAUCAAGUCUUCUGGUAAGGCUGUGUAUGUGACCGCACUCCUGCCGUACGUCCUCCUCCUCUCCAUCUUCAUCACAGUAAUGCAAGAGCCAGGUGCUCUAGAUGGC